GAAUAUCUGGCAGCCAUUUCAAAGAAUCCCAAUAUUUGCACUCCUUCGCAGAGUUCUGGUUCCGGGAUGGCCUCGACCGAACAAGAUGAACAUCAGUUAGUUUCUGAACAAAAGGCCAAUCAUCAAGUAUUUGAAGCUUUCUGCAAUGUUAUUCGAGAGGCCACGGACAUGGUUAUUUCAGGAAAAGUAUUUUCCUUUAUGGGUAGUCCAGAUGCUGGAUGUCUUGACCUUGCGAAGGUUUUCCCUGAAGGCUAUGAUUUCGGAGAGCACGAAUCCUUAGUCAACAUAGCCCCAAUUCCAGGGAAUGUGUCGGCCUUGAUUGAGGCUGGGUUCUUUUCUUUUGGUCACUUUGAAAACCUAUUCUAUGGUUGCAUCGGAGGCAUGGUGCGAAAAGAGCCUGAGCUUUUUGCACAGAUACGAAAAGAGAUUAAUUCGAAAAGCACGGAGGACUUGACAAUUGCUGGUGCGACGAGUCACCAUGCGAUCCGCCAAGCAUCGUUGAUGGAGGUGUAUACAUCCGUGACAAACAUGUGGAUGGCCAGGAUGGCACGGUAUCAAGACACUCAACUACGAAAAGCCAAGAAAAAGCAGAUGGAAAAGGAGCAGCGGAAUCUAGACCGACGGUUCAGAAACUCGAAGUGCCAGAUACCUCGUCUUAUGGAUGAACUAUCAAUGGCCAUUAUCAACGAACGGCCUGCAUCC